CCGCAAGCUUGUGCGUUUCUCCGCACAUCAGCCUUCAACUUCAGUUCUUCUGUUACAACAACAGAGCCACGAUGGCCUCCGAGCACCGCCUGACGGACGGCGUGUCUGUGGAGGCGAUCAAGGCCUUCUUCGCAGACCUGAAGCGCGAGUUCCCCGACACAUACACUGAGAUGACCACGGAGGAUGCCUGCAAGCAACUGGUUGUGCCACGCACACGCCAGGACAACUGCGCCUACGUCGAGCAGCUGCGCAAGCAGUCGCCAGAGCACGUGAACAAGGCCACCGUGUUUGUGUCACACGCAUGGCGGUACAAGAUUGCAGACGUGCUCAACGUCUUGCUGGAGUUUGCGGAUGAGCAAGCAAGGAAGGACGCCGCCCAGCCCGUGUUCUUCUGGUUUGACCUCUUCAUGAACAACCAAAACGCCAACGUCACGGCCAACCUCCCACAAGAGUGGUGGAGUACCACGUUCAAGCAGUCGAUUGCCAACAUUGGCCAUGUGCUGCUGGUGCUCAUGCCGUGGCGGGACCCUGUUCCCUUGACACGCGCGUGGUGUUUGUGGGAGAUCUUCUGUGGCAUCAGUAACGAGGCCACAGAGGUCAGCAUCCGCUUGCCCAAAAGCGAGGAGUUAGAACUGGUCCUAGCCAUCGCGGAUGACUAUGAAGCCGUCACAGACACGCUGGUGCGCGUGCAGGCACAAAGAGCCGACGCCUUCAACCCACACGACAAACACAUGAUCUUCACGGCGAUCGAGUCGUGGGCGGGUGGCUUCAGCGCAGUCAACCAGGCCGUGAAGGACAAGCUGCGCGCGUGGUGCCUGCAAAAGGCGGUGGGUGCCGUCGAAGCCAUGCGGGCACGAGGCGAGGACAGCACUGACGCCUUCGCGGGGCUGUGUGGCCAGGUUGGGACGGUGCUCAGCCAGUUUGGCGAGCACAACAAGGCCAUUGCCUACUACGAGACAGCGCUGGCAAUUCGGCUGCGCACUGAAGGGGAGAAAGGAAGAAACGCGGCAGCAUUGUACGGCAACCUCGGCAACGCCUACGGCGACAAGGGCGACUUCGACAAGGCGAUUGAGCUGUGUAAGAAGGCCCUCGCCAUCAAGGUGGAGACGCUGGGGGAGAAGCACUCGAGCACAGCUGUGACAUACAACAACCUCGGCAACGCCUACAGGAACAAGGGCGAGUACGACAAGGCGAUUGAGUUUUAUGAGAAGGACCUCGCCAUCACGGUGGAAGUGCUGGGUGAGAAGCACCCGAGCACAGCGAGCACGUACGGCAACCUCGGCGCCGCCUACCACAGCAAGGGCGACCACGACAGGGCCAUCCACUACUACGAGAAGGCCCUCGCCAUACAGGUGGAGACGUUGGGUGAGAAGCACCCGACCACAGCGAGCACCUACAACAACCUCGGCGCCGCCUACAAGAACAAGGGCGACUACGACAGAGCGAUUGAGUGUUAUGAGAAGGCCCUCGCCAUCAAGGUGGAGACGCUGGGCGAGAAGCACCCGAGCACAGCACAGACGUACAACAACCUCGGCAUCGCCUACAAGAACAAGGGCGAGUACGACAGAGCGAUUGCGUUUUACGAGAAGGACCUCACCAUCACAGUGGAGACGUUGGGCGAGAAGCACCCAGGGACGGCCACGUCGUACUUCAACAUUGGCCUGCUGCACGCCAAGCGCGGGGACAAGGAGCAGGCCUGCGCCUACAUCCAACAUGCACUCGACGUUUUUGCGACCACGCUCGGGCCACAUCACCCAAACACCCGCAAGGCCAAGCAAAACCUGCAGCGCAUUCGCGGUGGUGCUGUGACCAGGCAGCACACAUCCACGCAACACGUGUCAGAGUCUCAACUUCAGCAGCAAAACGUGCUUGCUCAUCGCAACCUUCUUCUUCGGUUCAUCUCGUCUGCUGUUGUGUACCAGGCGUUUGCUCCACAACGCAACUUGCUCAUGCGGUUUCUCGGUGCAGUUGCACAGGUUCACGCUGAGGCAAGACGCCCAGCAAACACGGGCAGUGACGGUGAAGACAAGAAGACAGAGACUGGGCACGAUUGUCCUCGUGGCUGCUCUGCACCAGCAAGAGCGUUGUACAAGGACGCUUGCAAGUGCCCUGGUGAGCCACUGAUCGGCUGGUUGCGGAAGCGAGGGCGGCUAAGGGCCGCCUUUCGCACUCGCUGGUGCGCACUCAUCGACGACCGCCUGACGUACAGCAAGGGUCCUUCCCUGGCAGAACGUGGGCGCAUCCCCCUUUCCAGCGUGCUGUCAGCUGAGCUUGUCCAUGGUGGCGAGGAGUUACACGUUGCUGUUUCUGGUCGCACCUUCGUCUUCCGCCUGCACGCGCGCUCUGACACCUCGCUGGCAGACUGGUGCACCGCCAUCAACAGCCGGAUCAACGCCACCACUUGACUGUGUGCUGUGUUUGUGUGUGUGUAUGUGUGUGUGUGUGUGCUUGUGUUUGCUGGUUUGUCUCUUUGCUCCUUUGGUCCUGUCUUUCCUUCAAGUGCUUGCUUGC